GUGUACGGCCUUGUCGACGUCCUCUCCGCCCUUGCGCCAGUUAUCUGCAGCUCGUAGGCUCGCUUGCGCCGACCACGCGGUCUUGUCGGGACACGAUCGCCUCUAGAGGCUCAACGAGUCAACCACAUCCAAGCUUCUCAAUAUCUCCGUCACCGUCUCCGUCAUCGUCUCCGUCCCCGUCUCCGCAAGUUGAAACUUCGACUUCGAAACACCACAGCACCGCGCGAGCUUGCGGACAGACCGACUGCCUCAAGCUUCCAUUCCAUCUGCACACGCGAUAGCGCUCCGCUCGAGUGCUUGACACACCCACCAUGUCGGGCGAGGCGUGGUUGUUCCUGCUCGCCGUCCUUCUCAAUGCCGUCAAUCUGUUCCUGCAAGUCUUCUUCACCAUCAUGUACUCCGAUCUCGAAUGCGACUACAUCAACCCAAUCGAUCUCUGCAACCGCCUCAACAUGUACAUCGUCCCCGAAGCCGGCGUCCACGCAUUCCUGACCAUCUUGUUCUUGAUCAACGGCUACUGGCUGCCCUUGCUGCUGAACCUGCCGCUGAUCGCUUGGAACGGAAAGAAGAUCUUCGAGAACCAGCACCUUCUGGAUGCGACAGAGAUCUUCCGAAAGUUGAAUGUGCACAAGAAGGAGUCCUUUAUCAAGCUGGGCUUCCACUUGCUCAUGUUCUUCUUCUAUCUCUACUCCAUGAUCGUUGCUCUCAUCCGAGACGAAAGUAAUUAGAAGAAGCCGCUCCUUCACAUGUCUACUGCUCUGACUCGCGCCUAGGCGGCCCCGCCAAGAACGCCAGACUCCCGCAAUAAGCGCGGUCAUCAUCAUGACGGGCGGGCAAGCCGAGAAGC